GUUCCUCUCUGAGCAUCAGGUAGCUCCAUAUACGGAUUGGAGAGGCACUUCACAGCCCCUCUGGCACUGUAUCUGUUAGGGCGCAUAGAGGGGCAGUGCCAUGCACACUCCUGACUAUGCGCUGCUCCUGAGCGGAGGGAACCAGUCUCUGGUUUUCGGUCCCACUAAUGACCUAGCGAUGGGAACGGCUGGAAACUACACCGUCUACCCGAACGGGUCCGAUCCGUUUGCCCGAAACGAGGAGGUGGCCCAAAUCGAGAUAAUGGUCCUGAGCAUCACAUUCGUGGUUGCUGUGAUUGGGAAUGUGAGCGUCCUGCUGGCAAUGUACAACACUAAGAAGAAGAUGUCGCGGAUGCACCUUUUCAUCAAACACCUCAGUCUGGCUGACCUAGUGGUCGCCUUCUUCCAGGUGCUGCCGCAGCUCUGCUGGGAGAUCACCUUCCGCUUCUACGGUCCAGACUUUCUCUGCAGGAUAGUCAAGCACCUCCAGGUGAUGGGGAUGUUUGCGUCCACCUACAUGAUGGUGAUGAUGACCCUGGACCGUUACAUUGCCAUCUGUCACCCUCUGAAAACCCUCCAGCAGCCCACCCAGCGCUCCUACACAAUGAUCAUCUCCACGUGGAUGUGCAGCCUGGUGCUCAGCACUCCGCAGUACUUUAUCUUCUCCCUGAGCGAGAUCAAGAACGGCUCGGACGUCUACGACUGCUGGGGUCAUUUUAUCGAGCCGUGGGGCGUCAAGGCGUACAUCACCUGGAUAACCGUGGGCAUCUUCGUCGUGCCCGUGGUCAUUCUCAUGAUGUGCUACGGGUUCAUCUGCCACAACAUCUGGAAAAAUAUCAAAUACAAGAAAAGGAAAACGAUGGCUGGCGCCUCGAACAAGAAAGGGCUAAUUGGGAAGAAUUCAGUCAGCAGCGUUACGACUAUAUCAAGAGCCAAACUGAGGACUGUUAAAAUGACUUUUGUCAUAGUUUUGGCGUAUAUUGUUUGCUGGGCGCCGUUUUUCAUAGUACAGAUGUGGUCUGUGUGGGAUGAAAACUUCCAGUGGGCUGAUUCUGAGAACACAACAGUGACUCUGUCUGCGCUCCUUGCCAGUCUCAACAGCUGCUGUAACCCGUGGAUUUACAUGAUCUUCAGCGGUCACCUCCUCCAGGAUUUUGUACACUGCUUCUCCUUCUGCCACAAAGUGAACACUGACUUCAAGAAGGAGGACUCUGAUAGCAGUCUACGCAGAACAACGUUGCUGACUAAAAUGACCAAUCGAAGCCCUACGGGCAGUUCUGGCAACUGGAGAGAGCUGGACAAUUGGGCUCCCAAGUCCUCCAUUCAGAUAGAUAAUUAAAUUAUGUCUGGCAAUGGCAUCAAGGUACAUAUAGCACGCAGUAUUAACUCAUCUUAACAUUAGGCAUGAUUGACAGUAGUUGAAAUGCCCCCCAAACUCCAAAAAUCUAUAAAGCAAAUCAAGCUUUUUGCAUGUAAAUCAAGACACAGGGUGAAGACAUAUGGUGGAGACAGGAAAUAUGGACACAGUACUUGUGCUUCUUCUUGCUGGAUUUUGUGUGCAUAUUUGUUUUCAAAAAACAUCAACAAAAAUGUAAGUUUUAAACGGGAAAGGGAGUGAAAUUGCAAAGUCACGCUUUUAUAUCACCACAAUUGUUUGGAAAAUCACUACAUGCUGAUGGUUGUGUUGUGUUGAAUUUAGUUAUACUUUUUCUGGAGUCUUAACAUGAUUCCUUUUGAUGCUUUUAAUAGAAAAACACUUUUCCAGUAAUACUGAUGUUUUUACUGGCGGUUAUGUCUCCCAGCAGUGCCGCCGAACACCCUUUCCUGUUAGAGUGUUUACAGAGACAAAACUUACGUAGCAGCCAGGAGGUGUGUAGUGGUGAAAACAACUCUUCCGGACCGCACGUUUCUAAGUAACCAAGGCAGUCACCUCAUCCUUUGUGAUAGCUUUCCAUUUUGUUGUUUUUCUCAGAACCAGAUUUAAUGGCUUUUGUAAAAAUAAAAAAUAAAAACGGAAAGAAACCAACCUUUCCUGUGACCUAUGAAAAAAAGAAAACAUUUUUUGCUUGUGCUUGUGGUUUAGGCUGCAUGUAUUAAUUGGGCCCUUGCGUGCAUCCAUAUUUUUUUUAAUUAUUUCAUCUUGCAGGCAACAUGCUGUGUGGAUCCCUAAAGAGUGGCUGUCAGUUCUGUUGAGCAAAGGCAGAUGGGAUCCCCUUAAAAAUAGUAGGACAUUCAUUUAACACACACACACACAUGCACACAGUGUAUGGGAUGGCGGGUGUUUGAUGAAGUGAGAUUGGCCACAGCUGGAGGAGUCUACCUACCCACCCCCAGACCUAUUCCAUGGCUUUCACAAAAUUUUGGGGAGAAGGUCACACAUUCCAAACACUCUAUGUACUAUUCCUGAUUUUUUUUAUUUUUCUGACAUCCUGCACCUGUUUGUUUAUUGGCUACAUUUACAUUCUACACAGAAACUAUUUUCUGAAAUUUGAAUUUUCUUCUACCAUUAAUGUGAUGUGCAGCACCGCAAUGGUUGUCAGACCACCAUGAGAACCCCCCAAAAAAUAUGUAUGUUGUAAUGUAUCAACUAAUUUCUUUAUGCGUGUAUAUUAUUUUUGUACAUAAAAGGCACAUAAAUAUUUGUAAAUAGGAGUAAUAUAUGUAAAUUGUUCGACAUGAAUUAUAUGUGUCUGUAAUGGCUUGUGCACAUUGAAAAUAAUCUAAAUAUCCUAUAAAUAUAUAUUAUAAUAAUGAUGCACUGAAUAUUACACUGGCUUUGUCUCCUGUUUUCACAACCAUGGCAAGGAUGGCUUCACUGUUUAUGCUUCAUACAGUUGCUACACAACCAUAUAAAUCUGUGAUGUUAUUUUUGCUGAAAAUUGAGCAAUUUGGAACUUAUAUCUCUAGCCAAUCUAAGCACUUUCAAUCUGCCAAGCAUCAGAAUUAUGCAACAGCAUGACCUUUCAAUUGAAACUAAUGCAAAAAAGAAGUUCUGUUAAAGAGUGGCUUCAAGCCAACAAGCUGUCCACCCACACAAAACUUAUAAUAUAUGAACAGAUACUGGUAAUAGCUUCUAAGAAUGCAAAUUUACCUUUAACUUUCAUCAUGCUCAUUCACAUGGUAGAAAGUAGUUGCAAAGAAGAGUGGUUACAGCAAGACUUAUAAAUUGUUGGGUGUAACAUUGAUGUCUUUUCUGGAAAGAUGUGUUGCUAUUACAUUUUUAAAAUCUUAUUUUUCUGUGUCUUGAGAAACCACCAAUGUAUUGGUGUGGUGUUAUAAAUCAAAGGAAGAUCUCAAAACCUGGGCAAAUCAAAUCAAAUCUGCAUGACACCACUUGAGUUCAGUGAGAAAAUAUUUUUGAUCUGACACUUCAACUAUCUACUAGACUCCACCAAGUAAUUUGACUUGAUUAUUUAAUGAUAUUAUUGUCUAAUUGAAUUAUCACAUUCUUAAAAAAACAUGUUACACCUCUUUUAAAGUCAUAAUGUAAUAAUGCAGUGAUAUUCAGUCAUUAAAUACAUUUUUUAUUCUUUAUUGCAUCAUUGACUAAUCUGAGCCAGAUUUUAAACAUUGUUUUGAAGAGUUGGUGAUCAACUAUUUUCGCAGAUUUCCCUUAUAGUAACUAAACCCUCCAGAACACCUUGAUUCGCUAUAGUUCAGUUUAUCUCUGACCAUCCAACCUCAUCUGGUAGUCAUAUCACAGAGAUAUAUGAGAGGGGAAUCAAAAUACUUUGGUAUUUUGUAUUUUAAAAAAGACUGUAAAAUACGUAAGAAGUUUACAUGAUGACAUUAUAAAAAAACAACAAAGUAAUUUGCUCAGACUUGUUGAGAUCAGAACAGAAAAUUGAUCCAGACGAGAAGAAGGUGAAGAUGUAAAGCUGUCCAUCGAUUUUUUUAGCAUAAAUUGCUACAAUUCUUAACAGUUCCAGUUUUGGUGUUCAUUUUAGUAGCGUAGGGUAAAUCGUUUACCAACUAUUUCACCUGAGUAGCAGUCCUCACACUUAACGUUAGCUUACUAUUUUCAGCCUAAUUCAAGAUUUUAUCAGUUGUGCGUGAAAAAAAUUAUGAAGCUUUUUAGAGUUAUUGUACAUUACUUUAUAAUGCCAAGAGAUGGUGUAACUUGUUAAGUUGCCUUAUUGUCAUUAACGUUGUGCUGCCAUGCCAUUAAACAACAGGUUGUCAACCCA